UCAAUGCUUGAAAAGCGAAAUGAGACUUAUUUUAUUAUCUGUUCUUCUCUUGCUCUUUGUUACUGAUACUUAUGAAAGAGGAACAAGAAAAGAAAAUCCUCAAGGAGGUGGUUCAAAAAAGGGUGCAAAAGGAGGAAGUAGACAGGGUGGAAUGACAGGUGGGAAUAAUAAUCAAGGAGGGAAACAAACCGGAGGUAUGUUCGAUCCCAAAAAAAGGUCACGUGAAGCCAAUCAGCCCAAAUGCAACCCUGAAGAAGCUGUUAAAUGUAUCAAACCACUUACUGAAAACUUUGGAAAAGCAUGUAAAAAUGAAUAUGCUCAAUUAACACAAAUGGCUCCUGAAGUGUCAAGAGAAUAUAAGAUUUCAGAAAAUGAUGAAGAGGGAGAAUCCAAAAACAAGCCCGUACGAGGUGGACCUAUUGGAGGAAAUAAUGAUAAGUGGGGCAAUCAAGGCGGGGGUGGAGGAGGAUGGGGAGGGGGCGGAAGAGGUGGUGGUAAUUCUGGAGGAGGAUGGGGAGGGGGCGGAAGAGGUGGCGGUAAUUCUGGAGGAGGAUGGGGAGGGGGCGGAAGAGGUGGCGGUAAUUCUGGAGGAGGAUGGGGAGGCGGCGGAAGAGGUGGUAGUAGCUCUGGAGGAGGAGGAUGGGGAGGUUCUUCAGGCUGGGGACGAGGUCGAAGAAGUCUACCAAGUAUGGAAAUUCUUCAAUCAAUAUCCUUUGAAAAAGCAUGCAUUGAUCUCCAACAAUGUCCAAGAAUAUUACGAUGUCUCGACAAAAACUUGGCUUGUGGAAACUUAGAUUCGGCCAAAGUCUUUGAAGAAAUAGCAAGAGGAAUAGUAAGUAAACUGAAACAUUUUGAAGUGAUGUGUUCAGAAGGCUGUAGCAAACCAGUUGAAAGAGUUGAAAAAUCGCUCUCUUGCCUAAAUAAUCUCACCGGAGAAAUCAAAAAUUUCAAUUCAAAAAUUAACGAACAAGUGAAGAGAAUUUGCAACCUAAUUUCGACUCAUGAAAAAUGCCGAGAUGACUAUAUGUCAACUUGUGGAGCAUUAAAUGAAACAAAGUCAAGCUUAAAUAUGAACGUGAAAUUAAUUGAUAGAGUUUGUAAAGCUCAUAAUAUCAAGAAGAAUAAUGUAAAACCAGAAGAUCCUGACAAACCAAACAGCCAGUAUAAGCCUUUGCCAAAUGCACAGAAGUUCUGCGCACAUGAAACUAUGAAAAUUGAGUGCAAAAGUGGUGAAUCGAUUUAUAUACAGGGCGCUCAUUUUGGUCGAAUGAGAAAAGGAUCUUGUGUAACAUCCAAUGGAUCUGUUGGUUGCUAUACAGAUAUUACUGCAUUAAUUAGACAAAGAUGUUUGAACAAAAGGCGAUGUGAUUUAGAAGUUUCAACUUUAAUACAUGAAAUAAAAGACGCUGAAUGCCCGAAACACUUAACUUCAUAUUUAGAGAUAUCAUAUCAAUGUGAAGUCGGCCAUAGAGUACACACUUCUCCCAUGACACAACCACCACAGGUGGAAUCAUCUACUACGUCAAAUCCAUCUACUAAACCUUCGAAAACAUACCAACCUAUAGCGGGAGCAAGGCAGGUUUGUGCUUUAGAAACAUGGAAAGUAUUUUGCCCUAUUGGAGAAAGAAUUGAAGUUCUAACAGCUCAUUAUGGUCGUAUGAGAAUUGGAAAAUGUAUAUCUUUAGAUUUAGGUGUUCUAGGAUGUUUUAAUGAAGUAACAGAACUUUUAAGUGAAAAAUGUGAUGGUAAGAGACACUGUGAGGUUCCAGUAGACGAUGUUCGAGAUAAGGUUAAGAACCCACGAUGUCCAAAAGAUGUUACUAUGUAUUUGGAAGUUCACCAUAAAUGUAUGGAGGGUGGUCCAAUAUUCAGAGAAUCUACACCUUCAACAAUGCCAACCACUACUCCAACAAUACCGUCAACUACAACAAAAGAGAGAACAAAGGCUCCCAUCAUAUCAACAACCUCUAAGCCAGUUUCCACAUAUGAACCAUUAAAUGAUUAUGUUGAGGCUUGUUGGGGUACUAAGUUGGUAGCUUCUUGUCCCUAUGGUAAGCAAGUUAUCAUGAGAGGAGGCCGCUUGGGUCGUAUGAGAACUGGCAGUUGUAUUCCCACAAAUCAAGCUUAUAUUGGUUGUUUUGAUAAUGUACACCCAAGCUUAUCUUCAAAAUGUGAUGGUAAAAGAAUCUGCAUUGUUGAUGUCGUGACAUUGAGAAUAGAUAUAAAGAACGUUAUUCAGAGCAAAUGUUCUUCUGAAUACAGUGUUUACUUGGAGGCUUCUUAUUUAUGUGCUGCUGGAGGACCUACCACCUCUUUACCCCAACCUUCCACGACUGUAAAGACUUCUACAGUAACAAUGCCACCAACAACAUUAUCAACAACUGUUUCCACUUCGACGGCUGCAGUUACAAAUAGUUACGUAGCUCCUGCUGAUGCGAGAGCCUACUGUAUGAGUGAAGAGUUCAAAGGAUACUGUUCUGCUGGCUAUAAAGUCAAAAUCACCUUUGCCCAUUUCGGAAGAAUGCGUCUAAGUAAAUGCUUAGACAAAAAUUAUGGCCAUAUGCCUUGCUAUGUUGACGUCAAGGGAGAAGUUGGUUAUCUAUGUGGCAAUGGAAUGACAUGUUCAGUUCCACUAAUGAAACUAAAGAACUUAUUAAACGGCCAGACGAAUUGCCCUUCAGACCUCGAGAGUUAUCUUGAAGUAACAUAUAAAUGUGUGGAGGGAGGUGUAGUGAAUGUACCAAAGGAAACACCUCCAUCAACAAUUAGUACCACUGUGAAAAUGACAACUACCCAAAUGCCCACCACAACAACAGCAGUGAGGACUACUACUGAAGAGCCUACUACGAAAAGGCAAGCGGACUAUGUACCACUACAAGACGCUAAACAAUUUUGUUUUGGUUCAACGUUUGAGCCUUCAUGUGAACAAAAUAGCAAAAUUAUAAUAAGACGUGCCCAUUAUGGAAGAAUGAGGAGAGGAAAUUGUAUUUCUGAACUAGAGAAUAAUGUAGGAUGUUAUACAGAUGUUACUGAAGUUAUUAAAGCAGAUUGCGAAAAUAUGAAAACCUGCUCCAAGUCACUUAUCGAUCUUAUGUCGUUAGAAACUAAUUGUCCUUCUGGUGUAAUUGGUUAUUUGGAAGUUUCGUACUAUUGUCAAUCGGAUUUAAUGCCUACCACAACUGUAGCUAGUACACUUCCCAGUGGCACACCAGCCAACUCUGCUGUAAAUAUUGAUGGAUUUGAAGAGAGUUGCAACUUUGAGGCUUUUACAAAAACUUGUCAAGACAACGAAAAAGUUGUUAUUAAGAAAGCACUUUAUGGACGUAUGAAGCUUGGAAAAUGUAUUAAAAAUGAUUUAGGAUUCAUGCCUUGCUAUAGGGACGUAACAUCAGUUAUCCAAAAUGCAUGUGGAGCGGACACAUCUUCGUGUAACAUUAUUCCCUUCUAUAUGAUCAUUAAUCAACAGAGCAAUAAUUGUUCAAUGAGUGUUGUUUCACACUUAUAUAUCGAUGCUAUUUGCUCUCCUAAAAUGGAAACAACAACCAACCAAGAAAUUACGACUGAAGUGAUGGCAGACGCAGGAGAAUUGAAAAGUUUUUGCGGUAAUGAACAAUUCAGUUACAAGUGUGAAGAUGGUUAUGAGAUGAAGAUACACGAAGCAUUUUGGGGAAGAAUGGAGCUUGGUAAAUGUGUCACUAAAGAUAUGGGCUCUCUUGGUUGUAAAAAGAAUGUUACCGAUUAUGUUAGAGAUAUUUGUUCUUCUACUCCUCAAGAAUGUUCUUUCUGGCAACACAGAUUGUAUCAAAAAACUAGCACCCCUUGCCCAGUAAAUUUACUUUCAUAUCUUCAAGCUCGUGUAGAAUGUGUAAUGAAACCUACAAAUAAUCCAACUACACAGGGUAUUACCACUCUUGCACCUAUUACUAAUGGCAAGUCAAUAUGUUUUGGACAACAGCAUACCCAAAAAUGCUCUCCGGGACAAACAGUAAAGAUACAUAAAGCCUACUGGGGUCUUAUGCGUGUAGGAGAGUGUGUGAAACACGAUUCCCCCCACGUUGGCUGUCAUACAGAUGUCACUAGCGAACUACAAGAACUAUGUAGUGGAAAUGAAUGUACGUUUUCUUCAAUGGCUAUGUAUGCUAUAUCUUCUGUAACCAAUAAUUGUCCAAGUGAUUAUGCUCCGCAUUUAGAAGUUGGAAUAUCUUGCGAAUAAGCAAAUAUUUCACCGAAAAAUAUAUGUAAAUUUAUUAAUAUUAACUCAAAAACGCUUGAUGAUGAUAAUUUUGUUCCUUGAAAAAUUAAACAAAAGCUUCACUAAUUCAUUUCAAUACUCUGAUUAUUAUAAUAAAAAUAAUAGAAAUAUUCAUUAAAAUAUAGUAAUUAAGAUUAAGUCAA